CUCUAGUACAUCAUAGUUUGUCAUUUGAGUAACGACGAAGAGCAGUGAACAUCGAGGAGAGGUCGUGGAGGAUUUUACCACCUUAGCCACCAUCGCCGUUCGCCAAUUACACCAUGGCUGAUACCGAAAAGGCGCCGCAGCCGCAGCCCCCGCAGCAGCAGCAACAAGAACAACAACAACAAACAACUCAACCGCAGCAAGUAAAAACGGCUAAACAAAAGCAAGUCAUUGCUGAGAAGGUCUCUGGGACCGUCAAAUGGUUUAAUGUCAAGAGCGGAUAUGGUUUCAUCAACAGGAAUGAUACAAAGGAGGAUGUUUUCGUACAUCAAACUGCAAUUACCAAGAACAAUCCACGCAAGGCUGUGCGCUCGGUUGGCGACGGAGAGGCGGUGGAAUUUGCCGUGGUCGCCGGGGAGAAAGGCUAUGAAGCGGCCGGAGUCACUGGUCCCGGCGGUGAGCCGGUAAAGGGCUCACCAUACGCAGCUGACAAACGCCGCGGCUUCCAUCGUCAAUACUACCCCCGUCCAAGUGGCGGACGUGGCGGUGAAGGCGCUCCACGCAGAGGUGGGUUGGGACGUCGUGGACCCUCAGCCAAUCAAGGGGGUGCACAAGGAGACGAGGGUCAGGAGGGCGGUGCUGCACCACCACAACGCAGCUACAUCCGUCGUAAUUUCCGUGGGGGCCGUCGUGGGGGUGGUCCAGGCCCCAUGAACCGUGGUGGCUACCGUCGCAUGCGCCCGCGUUACCAGCAAGGGCAACCUCAGGGCGGCCAGCAGAACCCGCCGGUUCAGCGCCAGAAUGGACAGGAAGGAGAGGCCCCAGCCCCUACAUCCACUACUCCGCAACCGCAACCAGCUAAGCCGAAGAGCAACAUCAAACCCGCUGGCACCACCAUUGAGACCACCACCAAUGAGAGCCAGGCCUAAAUAUCCAGCGGUUAAUAGUGUGGCACAUCCCUAUAUGUAGUGCAUGUUAUUUCUAGCCGUGCCACACAUCUAUCACAUCUUUAUGUCUUGUCUGUACACCUGAUGAGUGUAAUGUAUUGCUGUUGCUCAUGUCAACUGUAACAUCUUUGCAUUUCUUUUUUUUUAUCUUGAAUUGGCGGGGAAGUUGCAAAUGGAACUGCAUAAGUAUCAUGGAUCAAAGAUGUGAUAUUUUAUAUUUAUUAAUAUAUUGCAUACUAUGUAUUUAUUGAUAUUUUGGUUAUAUACCAUUAGAUUGUGUAUUUUAAACUUUUUAACCAAUGUGUCUAUAGACACAAGCUAAAAUUUUAUCUCUUAAAAAUUUAAAUUGAGUAAUUAUGCAGGUUCCAAUGCCCCAAGGAAAAAGUAAGAGUACUGUCGAAUUAUUUUAUUACAAAUUCUACAGAAUAUGUAAUUAUUUUAUUGCAUAUGAAAUUAUACUACCAUAACAUAAAACACUCUCAGGAAAAUAAACUUCUUAUUACUUGUGUGUAAA